UUGGCACCUUCUCGACCACCUUGAAUUAUCCAUACAUUUCUCGCAUUCUCCAGAAACUUCUCCCUUCUUCCUACUUCACCUGCUCAUCAAUUCGUAUAAAAUCCAGAGCGUUGCCAUGAUCGGCACGUCCAGUUAAAAUCUUUCCAAGUUCUACGAAAAGCUUCAAGAAAAUUAUCCAUAAUAUUCCCAAAUUCUACGAAAUCCUUUACGAAAAGUUUCAGUAGAAUCAUCUGCAGCUCAGCAUGGCACUGCAAUUCUUCAACAGAGCAUAUGAUCCGUUGUUCCAGCAAUUGGAAAGCCUGGCCCUUUCCGAGCCCUCUCAAAUCAUGAGCAAAGAUCCCGCACAAAUUUCCGUGGACUGGCGAGAAACGCCUCACGCGCACAUGUUUCAGGCGGAUUUGCCAGGUGUUAAGAAGGAAGAUGUGAAGCUGGAGAUACAGAAUGGAGUGAUGGAAAUCAGGGGAAAACAGGCCGAGGAGGGCGAGGAGGAUCAAGGUGUGACGUGGCACGCCAUGGAGCGUCCAGUUCAUCUUUCGAAAGGGCUACGUGUCAGGCGCAUAGCGCUCCCCGAGGAUGCUAACGUGGAGGAGGUGAAGGCCUCAGUCUCUCAGGGCGUGCUCACUGUAAACAUUCCGAAGAAGCCUGUGCGGAAGCCCCAUGUAAAGAAGGUGGAGAUUGAGGAUGCAAAUAAGGAAGGAAUUGGGCAUAAGAUCGUCAAAUCUCUCAAAGGAAUAGUGGCCCCUGCUAAAGCCAAAUGAAUCUUCUGUUCUGGUUUUAUCCCCUUCGGAUUGUGGUUUUUUUCCCUUCAUUUGUGAGCCUGUAAAUUGUAUGUAAGGAAAUUUGGUGUGCUGGCAUAUAGGUGAAGAUGAAGAUUUUCUCAUGUGUUUUUUUUAAAUGCAUUUAAAUGUACAAGAGAAAAGGAUAGUAUUGAUUUGCUUAUGAUUGUAUUUAAUGUUGUAUUUUUAUUCAACUUUAAAUGUAUAAUUUUAAAGUUA